AUGCCGUAUAUCCAGCGCCAGGUCGGCUUCGACCCCGUGCUCAACUACACCCGGCCCGCCACGGCCGAGGAGCGCGCCGCCAUCAAGAACUUCGAGCUGCACGCCCGCCGAUGCACCCAGUGCGCAUACCCCUACGACACCUUCCGCCGCGGCAAGUCCCUGUGCGAGCGCGGCCACGCAUACGCCAUUGACAUUGCCGAAUACAUGUACUCCAAGGCCGGCCAGGCCUACUCGACCACCGACCGCGAGGACGGCAACCAGCCCGUGCAGGUCGAGAUCCCGUCCGACUGCGAAGUCGUGCGCGAGCUCCUGCAAGCCAUGUCGGACGGCCUGCGACUCCGGCGCUCUCCCAAGACUGCCCCUGCCGUGACGAGCUACGAUCAGACAUACUACGUUGCGCCCAGACCCCCGCCGCGGCGCUCUGCCACCACUGUUGGCGCUACUGGUGUUUCGGCGUCGGCUUCGCGGUCCCCCGCCAGAUCCCCCGCUGUUUCCUCAUCAGCGUCUCAAGUCAAAGUCACAUACGCUCAAGUGCCGGAAGUCAAAUCGCCAUACAUCUCCCAGUCGCGACGUUCAACGGCGACCACGAGCAGCAGCAACAGCAUCCCGACUGUCAUGGAGACGUAUAAUCGCUCUUCUCCCUCGAAGCGCGAGACGGUCUACUAUGCGGACAAGCGCGACGAGCCGCGCCGUGGAUCGCUGUACAGACGCGACCUCGCUGAGCGCAGGGAGCGGUAUAAGGGCUACUACGACGAGCAGCCGCGGUAUUAUCGCUGA